GAUUUUACACACACCUUUCUCUCUGUAUAAUAUUCUUGCUGAUUUGUGUCUGAUCAGAACAAGCUACCCUUAAUUCAUCACUACUGUUUAUGUCAAGAUAUGGGUUCAACUGUUAAAAACCAUUACAACCUUAUUUUCUCACAACUCAUUGUUGUUCUACUUGCAGCCUCAUUGAGUUAUGGCCAGGAGAGUUAUGUCUGCUCUAGAGCAACCUAUUAUGGAAGCCCCGACUGCUAUGGAAACCCUACUGGAGCAUGUGGGUUUGGAGAAUAUGGGAGGACAGUGAACAACGGUGAGGUGAGCGGAGUCUCGAGGCUUUACAGGAAUGGAACUGGCUGUGGAGCCUGCUACCAGGUAAGGUGCAAAAUCCCAUCACACUGCAGCGAUGAGGGAACAAAGGUUGUGGUGACGGACUAUGGGGAGGGAGACAACACAGACUUCAUUCUGAACCUGCGCGCCUACGCCAAUCUGGCUCGCCCCAACAUGGCUGCCGAUCUCUUUGCAUACGGUGUAGUCGACGUCGAGUAUCGACGCAUUCCGUGUGGCUAUUCCAACAACCUCAUGUUCAAAGUUCAUGAACACAGCAAGUUCCCUAAUUACUUGGCCAUUGUACCUAUUUACCAAGCUGGAAUCUACGACAUCACUGCUGUUGAACUGUGGCAGGAGGAUUGCAAGGAGUGGAGGGGAAUGCGCAGGGCGUAUGGUGCGGUGUGGGACAUGGCAAACCCUCCAGUGGGUGCUCUAAGCAUGAGGUUCCAAGUGUCCGGUGGCGCUUAUGGUGAAGGGAAAUGGGUGCAGAUUGCAAGUGCCAUUCCCAGUGAGUGGAAGGCCGGAGUUGCUUACGACACUUCAUUUCAACUUAACUAAUUUAUACGUAUGUGUGUGUGUAAUGUUAGUACCACGUACUCAUAUUUGUAUGUUUAUAAUCAGUUGGGCUUGCUGGCUAGCAGUGUACGUUUGUUUCCUUUUUAGUUUACUUUUUUAGAAUGUCGUUUGUACACUUUUUUGUAGCAACAAUCAGGUACUUGUGGUUUAUGUAUAAAUAAUAAAUAAAAGCUUGCUAUAUAUGUUGGUUUUAAA